UGUCGGUGAUAGAAAAUCAUACUGUGGGCGUCUUCGAAAUGCUAAGGAAUAUUUCUCCGUCGCUAUUGUCAUCAAGGGCACAUUUGGAUGUUGUAAAAUGAAAAUCUAAGCUCGUCAGAAGAAAUUAAAUAUGUUACUCUGUGACCAUGGGAGUGCUCGUUCCAACCCUGCCUCAUACUCUUCCACGUUCCCGGGGCCUUACUGGCUAGGCCCUGGUUUUGGACAUCUGAACUAAACGCUGUCUCCCCCCCUCUGUCCCUCUGGCCCUUUUCCCUGUGUGCGCCUGCUGCGCAAAGAUAAUGGACAGCCCCCCCAAACUGUCAGGGGAGACCCUCAUUGUGCACCACAUCCCCCUGUUGCACUGCCAGGUCCCGGGACGCCAGUGCUGCGGGUCCGUCAAGCGCCCCAACCCCUUCUGCCCGCCGGACACCUUGGGCCUGACCCGCACCGCCUCCCUGCCCGAGCAGGACGGACAGCGCAAGGAGGAGUUGGUGUACAGCAGCCUGGUGCAGACCUCCAGCAGCAGCUGCAGCUCCAGCGGGGCAGGUGAAGUGGCUGGGGGCGGGGGUGGGGCCGGGCGAGGAGGCGGGAGUGUGGCCAGCGAUGACUCCUCCUCCUUCACCUCGAACGCCUCCGAGGACCCCCCCGUCCCGCCCCCGCCGAAGUCCCGGGACAGGAGCAACCCCCUCCGCCACAACCCCUUCCUCCUCAACAGUGAGGAGGAAGAGGACAGCGAGGACCGGGAGGAUGACAACCUGAAUGGGUACCUGGAGGACCUGUCAUUCCACCUGCACGGGAACUCCAAUGACGCGCUUGUCCAGGGGGUGGGCGUCUCCCCCUUCCGGCUGCACCACCACGGGGGCGCUCCUGAACCUUUCCUCCUGCACGACAGCCUUGUACAGGCAUGGGGAGCUGGUGGUCGAAUGGGUGUGACAGAGGGCCAGGAGGGGGUGUCUGGGACCACCCCUCGGCUGGAGUGUCUGGGCCUGCCAGGGCUGGAGAGCCAGCGUCGCCAUGGCAGCAGUGGUUCCACCCUAUCCAUGGACUGCGGGGAGCAGGAUUGGGGUGAGGAGGAGGAUGACGAAGAUCACCCCAUGAGCAAUACCCGGAGCUCUCAGGCCUGCAGCUGCUGCUCCAGCUCGGAGCUGGCCCCGCCCCUGUCCCGGCCCUACUGCUGCGGCCUCUCUGAGCCCUUCUCCGAUGGCCAGCCUGGGUACACCAGCGACUCUUCCUGCAACAGCUCCGAUGGCGUGCUUGUCAACUUCAGCGCCAUCUACAACAAGAUGAACAACGCCGUCCCCGCCAAGCCACCCAACCUCAACAGCUCGGCCGACCAGUCCUGCACCUCCUCUGUCUCAGAGGCAGGGGGCGCCUUCUAUUUGGACCUGCAGUCCUCGCCGACCGAGCCCCAGUGCGGCGGGAACGCAGUGUCCUCGCAGGCCCGCACGGCGAACCCCACUUCCUGCGGCUGCCAGACGCCGCAGACCCUGGAUGCCAACUGCAACUCGUACCACGUCCCUUGCGAGGGCCUGUCUGUGUCGGGUGACCUCACUUCCUGCUUCCAGAGCCAGGCCCGGAUGGUGGUGGCCACGCAGAACUACUACAAGCUGGUGACCUGUGACCUUUCGGCCCAGUCCUCACCUAGUCCGCUCGGCUCGUCUGUCACCAGCUGCUCUGAAGAGCACAACCAGAGCAGCCCCAGCCAACCCACUGAAUACUACCUGUUCAGGCAGCCGCACAACGAGGAGGACGAGCUGUCCUUGCAGACGGAGUAUGAGAAUGAGGCAAAGCGGGAGGAGUCUGGGGGCGAAGGCUCCGCCCUGAAGGUGAUCGAGGGACAGGUGUAUGUAAACACCUCCCCCCCGGUGGGCAGCUGUGUGAGCGGGUGCGGCGCGGGCGGAGACAAAGGCCGACUCCGCUCGCGGAGCUACGACCGCAACCUGGACAAGUCCCCCUCCCCCCGGCUGGGCUCCCUGGAGCGCAUGCUCAGCUGCCCCGUCCGUCUGAGCGAGGGCGCCGCCCCUUGCCCCGCCCCACCCCCCCGCGUCACCUCUUUCGCCGAGAUCGCCCGCAGCAAGCGGAGGAACGGGAGCGUGGGGGCUGGCGCCGGCGUCGGGGGGUCGCCCUCUCUGAGGACCAGUGCGGAGGCGUCCUCACAGGAGUUCUCCCCCAUCCCCGAGCUGCUCCAGCUGGGCCACAGCAGCAGCCUCCCCCCCAUGCCCUUCACCCGCUGCUACAGCCAGGGCAGCUGUGACGCACCCGGGGGGGCCCCACCCAAAGACUCCCCAGGCAGGGGCCAGCAUGAGGCGCGCACCAAAGCCGAAGGGGGCUCCUCGUCAUCGUCGGAGGGUCGCCCUGCGUUGGUGCGCUACAGCAAGGACCAGCGCCCCACCACCCUGCCCAUCCAGCCCUUCACCUUCCAGCACCAGGUGGGGAAGCCACACAGCAAGCCGCUGCGCCCGCUGCUGAGCGAGUACGUGAGCCAGAUGCAGGGGCGGGCCAACGGAGCCCCGCCGGCGCAGGAAUGCCCUGAGGGACCUGCCGAGGAGCGCCGGUGCCGACGGACAGCCGCCCCGGGCUCCGUCCGCCCCUCCCCGCUGGGCAGCUAUUCCCCUGUGCGCCAGCAGGGGGAGACCAGCUCCGGGGCUUGCUCCACCUGCAGCCCCAGCCCUGACCGAGCCCGUGGCGGCGGCCCCCAGCCCCCGCGGAGCCUCUCCUGCCCUCUCUCGGCUGGUCUCCUCCCUGUACGACCCUCCCAAGGGGCUUCCCUGCAGCCUGGCCAGGCCCCUGAGCCCAAGCAGAAGCCGGUGCCCCUGCCCCCGACUCCACCCCCACACUCUGCUGCCCAGGCUGCCGUUCCAGCUCGCUGUCUCCAUCAUGGCUUUGUGCCCGCUGCAGAGUACAGCCCCCUGGGCCACGUGGAGCACGCCCAGCACUGUGGUGGCACUGAUGGAGUCUGCGCCACCUUGGGUAGCUGUUCAGGACCCCGGGCAGCCAAUGUGCACCACCUCUCCCCGCAGGCCCUAAAAUGGAGGGAGUACCGUCGUAAGAACCCUCUUGGGGGGGGCAGCUCCACGCCCCUGUCUGGCAGCCUGGACACUAAGAGGGGCGAGGGCCAGCUCACCCGCCGCAAUAUCUUCGAUUUCCCAGCAUCCUCCAGCCACGUCCACAGCCGCCACAAUGGUCAGUCCUCCAAACAGUUGCAGCACUACUACAGUGACAUUUUCCCGGACUACUUCUCCCUGACCGAGAGACCACCUGAGGAGUUCUGUCUGUCUCCCGAUGCCUCCUCUGAAUCUCUGUCCAUCGACCUGCUGCAGAAGAAAGGUCUGGUGAAAGCUAUCAACACUGCGGUGGAUUUGAUAGUGGCUCAUUUUGGCACCAGCCGGGAUCCUGGAGUGAAGGCCAAACUGGGGAACAGUUCAGUUAGCCCUAACGUGGGACACCUGAUUCUCAAGUACCUGUGCCCUGCCAUCCGGGACAUCUUGCAGGAUGGCUUGCGGGGGUACGUCCUGGACCUGAUCAUUGGGCAGCGCCGGAACGUGCCCUGGAGCGUAGUGGAGGCCUCCACGCAGCUGGGUCCAUCUACCCGUGUGCUCCACGGCCUGUUCUCCAAGGUUAGCCAGUACUCGGAGCUCACCAGUCACAGCAUGAGACUCAACGCUUUCAUUUUUGGCCUGCUAAACUUGCAGUCUUUGGAGUUUUGGUUCAACCACCUUUAUAAUCAUGAAGACAUUGUGUCGGCCCACUACCACCCCUGGGGCUUCCUGCUGCUGUCUCAUGGGGCCUGCCAGACGCUUUUUGAGGAGCUGCUCCUGCUGCUGCAGCCCCUGUCCUUGCUGCCCUUCCACCUCGACUUGCUCUUCGAACCCGGGCUACUCCAGAGGGGCCAGGAGCACUUGCGCCGCAAAGAGCAGCUGUGCUCCACCGGACAGGGGUUGGAACAGUCCGCCCGCUCCACCUUCCAAAUGAUGAGAGGGAGGAGUGCCAUGGGGGCAGAGCCCAAGAGGGAGGGGGAGGGGCCGAAGAAAGAGAGGGCAGAGUUGAGACAGGAGGGUUUGAGGGUCAGGAAGGAAGGAGCGGAGACUAAGACUGUUCCUCAAAUCAGAGGGAGGGAGAGGGUGGGGCCAGAGGCAAAAGAACCGUUGAGGGAGGGAGAGCGGAAGGUGACAGAGGUGGGGAUGGAUCUCAGGAGAGAGUGUGGUGUGGGAGGGAGGGGAGCGCAAAGGGUGAAGGGGGUUGGGGGGGAUUCGGGGUGCGAGCAGGAUGGAGGAGGGACAGAGAAGGAGAGGGUGAGAGACGGCCAGGCGCCUCCGGUGGACGCCGCCAGGCCAAGGGACAAGCAGGCGGGGUGGUGGUAUCAGCUGAUGCAGAGCUCACAGGUCUACAUCGACAACUCCACCGAGGGGUCAAAGUUUGUCAAGUGGGAGAAGAGGAAGAAGCCCGCGGGCGAGGCUGCAGGGGCGCAUGGGGCGGAUGCCGGGGCCGGGCGCAGACAGAGCCCGCCCCCUCUGCGAGAGGGUGUGGUGGAGGGAGCUGAGUCCAGCCAGGAAGGGGCGGGGCUAAAGGAGGCGAGUGGCAGUGGCAGCAGCAGCAGCAGCAGUGCCAGCAGCAGUGACUCCACCUGCACUGCCAAAGGGAGGCCGUCCUGGAUGGGCAGCCCCCCGGAGUCGGUGCUGAACGAGCUUAAGAAGAGCAGGGAGAAGGACGGGGAGGCGAAGGAGGCCGCACCAGGGGCCCAGGAGGAGGGGCCCUCGCAGGGCCUGCGCUGGAGCAGACUGUUCGGGGCUGGAGUCGGCGGCCCCGUCAGGACAGAGAAGGCAGAGCAACGACUCGCCAAGUCCCAGAAGAGCAGGCUGCCGUCAGGUUGGCUGAGUUUGGACAAAUCAGUGCUGGACCUCGUGGCUCAGACAGUUGGGGCGGGGAAAAGGCCAGACACCCCUCCCCUUCCUCCUCCUCCUCCUCACCAGCCCCCGCCCACAGCACAGCAACCAGAAGCACCGGCUGCCAAGCAACACCCACCACGGGAGGUGCGAGCCCUGUGCCACCAUAUCGCUACAGAGCCGGGUCAGCUGAGCUUCAACAAAGGGGACGUCCUGCGGGUCCUGAGCCGGGCCGAGCCCGACUGGCUGCUGUGCGCUCAGGGAGACAGCACGGGCCUGGUGCCCAUCAUCUAUGUCACACUGACGGAGGAGCCAGAAGAGCCGCGGGGGCCACACUGAAGAGAGGGGGAGUACCAAACACUGACCAACGACUGACUCAUUGGCUAAAGGAAGACGCCAAAAAUCCGGCAGACCAACAUGUAGAUAGGCUGAAAGCGCUAUUCUUACACACACAUGCGCACACACACACAACCACACACACACACACACACUAUGCAGAGGGGAGCCCCAGUAUAGAUUUCAGCUAGGCAGUAGAUCACUUAAAGGUUCCCUCUGUCUGUCUCCUUGUGUGUCUGUCUCUGUGCCCUUAUGCAUGUUGCAGAAAGGAGAUAGGAUGAACUUCAGGGCUUUAGGAGGGACAUGACAAAUUCAUCACCCUUUUACAAAACUUUGUGAGCAAGGAGGGUUUAUUGAAGGAAGGGGGCUAGCUGGUCAUACUGCUCUUUAAAAUUUUUUGGUAUUAGCCAUGGAGGUCAAAACUACUCUAGACCUCUAGAGGACCAGAAAUUGAUGUAAGUCCAGUGCUUAAAUCAUAAAAACCACAAGAAAGAUAUUUCUGUGUUUUGGAGUGAAUGGUUAUCAAAUUUAGUCUUGAUUCAGUCAGUUUAAUUCCUAUAUUCAGUUUCCAGUAUGGUGAUAAAAUCACAUUGCACAGAUCAUGUGCCAUGUAGUGAAUUAUUGUCACUAAUGCCACGUGAGGAUACAUGGUGUUUUUGCCAACAACGAAAUACUAUAUUCAAACUAUCACAUGGUUUAUUUAUCUUAUCUAUAUCAUGUGCAGAUAUCUAAAUUCACACUAAAGGAUGAAACAAAGUUUUGUAUGGGUGGCUUUUCACUCCUAUUUUAAGUGGCCUUCCGGGGCACUGGAGUCAUUUUAAUGUACAGUCUAUGUGUUCUAAACGGCCACAAACCAUUUUAAUAUAGAGAUGCAAAAGCUUGGAUGUUUAUUCCAUAGAAGAACACACUGAGUGAUGUGUGCCUUGAGAGCUGGAGGGUAGAAAUGCACUAGGUGUGAUUCACCUGUACGGUCCAGCACAGAGCAGAUAUGUCACAGGUCACAGACAGGUCACAGCUGACUUGCAGAAGGUCAGAGGGCUCCCUGCUCAUUGGACAGAUGUUUUUUUUUUUUAAUCGGCUUGUGUUUGACACACAGGCUCAUGCUAGAGGACUCCCUUUAACACUCCGUAAUCGCACACACCAUAGAAAAGUACUGGUUCAGUUUGGGGCUGUUCUCCUGCUGCACUGCACCAUGGGAAAUAAACAGCCCAUGUCAUUAUUAAGCUCUUAUACUGAGAGACAGUCUGCAAACUUUUCUCUGAGGCACUUUCACAGAAUGAACAUAUUUGCAACAACAGAACUCUCAGCCUGCCUGUUACACUGGUGACAGGAGCACCACAACCCAACUGCCCUGCUUCUUGGAUGAAAGAGGCCUGUCAAAAAGGGGGUGGGACUUUCUGCAUGCGCCCCUCCCAGCAGACAUUCUUUAACCAAUCUCUGCAGCCCCUUCCCUGGUGGGACUUCUCCAUGCCAGAGGGAGUUUUUAUUAAUCCAAUAGCCUGCAGAGAUUGUGCGAUAAUGUCAGUAAACUGAAAUGAUGUGUAUACUGUGUGAAUUAUCUAUGUGUUGCAUUGAAUUUAUUUAUUUGACUAAGGCAGUUGUUUGCUCCCAAAGGUAGCGCGCGUGCUCUAGCCAUGUAGUGAGAUGCAGGGCUGCGUCGGUGGAUGGCGAAUGACAGCGUGAAUGAAACGAGGUCCUGAAGGAAAUGGUAGACAGAAAGACAGGACUUUCUGCUCACAGCCCAUCCCAUGUAAUCUUCUGAAAGGUCAAGGGUCAAAGGAUCAAAUGUCAGCAUCUGGAGACAGAGGAGCAAGAAAAAGGGACAAGGUGCCAUAUUGACAGGUGCCAUAAUGGUCACCUCUGAGACCACCACCUUUCAAUGGCGGUUGCUUUGGAUCAGAAUUAUCUAUAUUUACUGUUUAUAAGUGUUUAUACUCGCUAGACUUGAAUGUGGCCUUAAAAUAGAGGAAACAAAUGUGUAUCAGAGAGGUGAAGCCAAUAUGGUAGCAGGUCCUUUCUGUACAUGGCUAAACCAAACCACUGGAUUGAGCUACUGGAUUGAGCUUCUGGAUGUUCGCCUUGGUUUCCUUUAGCUCCCCUAAAUCCACCAAUUGUUAAGUGGUGUUGUUUAAAUGUUUGAAUUUUAAGAUUAUCUGAGG